UUUUGGAGUCACGUGGUCUCGAGAACCAGGCCGGUUAUUUUCCAUUACCAGGGCUACUUUGUUUCAUUGACGGGCUGACGCUCCCUCAUAAUCGUGGAACUCUUGUAGCGGCAACUUCUCAAUUCCACACCGUAUAUUGUUGGCACACAGAAACAAGAUGAGUACGGAAAAAGUUGAUGCCUCUCACGUUCUGAUGAACGGCGAAUGCCCCGGAUGGAAUGUUAACCUAGACCCAGCGUCAUCGGACGGGUCAUCGUCGACGGCGGACGCGGGUGAUGAGAAAAUGAUGAAGAGGGAGACAUGGACCAAUAAAUUCGACUUCCUGUUAGCCUGUAUAGGUUUCUCAGUCGGCCUAGGAAACGUUUGGAGAUUCCCUUUUCUGUGUUACCGAAAUGGGGGAGGUGCCUUUCUCAUCCCCUACUUCAUUGCUGUUGUUCUUGGUGGUAUUCCGGUGUUUUUCCUUGAGGUCACUCUUGGUCAGUUCAUGUCCGAAGGGGGCAUCGGCCCAUGGAAGAUCUGCCCUCUUUUCCAAGGUAUCGGCUACGCCAGCACUGUUAUCGUGUUCUUGUUGAACUGCGACUACAACAUCAUCCUUACCUGGGCGUUCUAUUACCUCUUCUCCUCCUUCACGGCCCGACUGCCAUGGUCACAUUGUGACAACGAGUGGAACUCGCCUAACUGUUCCACUUUCCGAAGACAUCCGAAUGCAUCGGAUUCCGAGAACUCCACGGAAACCAUGUUUAAUGCAACGGUUGCUAACGCCAGCUACAGCAUCUAUAGCAACUUGACUGGGGCCGCCGAAGUGUCCGGGAAGUUGGCACCACUGAUGGAUCCUGUAACAGAAUUCUGGGAGCGCAAAGUCCUGCUUCUCUCCAACGAUGUCGGGUCACCUGGCAGGAUCAAGUGGGACCUGGCCCUCUGUUUGCUUCUCGCAUGGAUCGUCGUGUAUUUCUGCAUAUGGAAGGGCAUAAAAUCCUCCGGAAAGGUUAUGUAUUUCACUGCAACCAGUCCGUACGUCCUCAUGUUGGUGCUGUUGAUUCGCGGAGUGACGCUAGAGGGCGCUGUAGAUGGUCUGAAAUACUAUCUGCUUCCUGAUUGGAACAGACUCUUGGACACUCAGGUGUGGGUGGAUGCUGGAACGCAGAUCUUCUUCUCUUAUUCCAUCUCUUUGGGAACACUCACUGCUCUGGGGUCCUACAACAAGUUCCACCAUAACGCCUGGAGGGAUACUAUAUGUUUUGCCCUGGUGAACAGCGUGACCAGUUUCCUGGCUGGGUUUGUCAUCUUCUCGGUGUUGGGAUUCAUGGCGUUCAAGCAGGGUGUAUCUGUCGAAGAUGUUGCAGAGUCGGGUCCCGGUCUUGCGUUCAUUGCCUACCCCGAGGCUGUUGCACAGAUGCCCGUUGCCCCUCUCUGGUCCUGCCUGUUCUUUGUGAUGAUCAUCCUCCUAGGUCUUGACAGCCAGUUUGUUGGCGUGGAGGGCUUUGUCACCGCCGUGGUUGAUAUGUUCCCGCAUUUCCUGAGACAGGGGCACAGGAGAGAGAUAUUCAUCGCCUGUGUGUGUACAAUGUCCUUCUUCAUCGGACUCUCCAUGGUCACUGAGGGCGGGAUGUAUGUCUUUCAGUUGUUCGACUACUACUCAGCCAGCAGAAUUGUGCUCGUUGUGGCUUUCUUCGAGUGCAUCGUGGUCUCUUAUAUUUACGGAGUGAACAGGUUUUAUGAUAACCUUCAGAUGAUGUUGGGCUUUUACCUGAACCCCUUUAUGAAAAUCUGCUGGAUGUUCCUGACUCCGGCCUUUACUCUGGUGAUUUUCAUCAUGGGUGCUAUCACGUAUUCGGAGUUGAUCUACGAAAGGAAGACCGUCAAUUACGUCUACCCCAACUGGGCUAUCGCAGUCGGCUGGAUGAUGGCUUCAUCGUCUAUCGUCUUCAUCCCCGGGGUCAUGAUCUUCAAACUUGUCACAGCCAAGGGAACGUUAAUGGAGAGAAUAGUCACUCUGACCAGACCCAGACUAAGGAGGUACCAGAUUCGUGAGAAUGAAGAUCUUGCCAAAAUCGAAAUUAUCGAUGAUAUUUACCAAAACACCAACAAUGUGAGUUCUAGCAUCGCUGGAGAUCAGAUACAGGUGACGAUGAGCCUUUUAAAGACGUCCACAGGAGCCGACGAUUGUGAGAAAAACCCAAGUCUGUUUGGUUCCAGGACAGUCACAGACUCUAGUCCUGCGAUACAGAGCUAAUAUUCAAAAGUGAAAGCACGUGUUACAAACUCAUGAUUGAUGACGUCAUGCAUGACGUCACAUCCGCCGGUGGUGUAGACAGCUUAGGUACUCAUUGCCAUUAUGAAUAACAAUUCCUGUUCAACACCUGUCAACAAGCUAGAUCAUUAUUUGACAAAGGCUUUCUGUACUUUCAAAGUACUAUCACACUGCAACGAAGUUCAUUGAAAGAGGAGAAUUUGAAAAAAAAUGAAGUUGCCAAAAUGUUAUGAGGCAAAACAACCGUGACCUUAAACUUGUUAAUUUUUAAUGCAGAAAUAUUGUAAUAUUUACCCUUGCUGGCUGUACGUAAUUCUGCUUGUAUAUGCAAAUAUUGUAAAUAUUUAUUGCUGAAACAAUCAGGUAUUCCGAUCCAAUUAGAAGAAAAAACCCAGCUUGACAGGUGUUAGCCAGUCUAGCUAUUUGUUUCCUAACGAAGGGGGCUGUUUCCUGACACAGGAGAAACAACUUCUCACAGACGCUAGCUAGUCGCUCUGCUAUUCCAGUGUGACUGGUAGGUCAUCAUCCACCGGCCACCCAUGUAUUAUGACACCGCCGUCAACUAGUCUUUAAUGUCACGUGGGGUAAAAUUUGGGAACCACGUGAUAAGCUGCAUACAUGAAUAUUCAUAAGAUCGACACUACGUCACCAUGACAUUGCAGCUAAGUUCGCCAAAGAGAGACAACUCGGGCGAGACUUUUUGGGAGAUACAAAUUAUUGAAUUUGGCUGUAAAUUUUGUACAAAGUAUUCAUGUCGAUGUUUUUUAUUUUGUAAAAAAUGAAGGAUUUAUUUAAAAGCAAAAGUUCGAUUUGGAACGAUGUGAUAUCACUGGGAAACUAGAUGCAUGUAGAGUUGCAAUACAUUUGAAUUCAGCGUUCUUCAUUGUUAAUAUCAUCUAAACCUAACGAGUUUUACUGUCUUUGUAUCAUCUAGACUACCGUGUUCACCAAUAUUAGACCAAUUGUCUCAGAUUUGGAACCUAGUACUCGACUACCUACAAAGAAGACAUUUGAACACAGAUGUAAUGCAGGCGCAUAUCAGUUUCACGAGGGCAAAACAGGACAUUUUUAUACCGUUGUUAUUGUUGAAACGAACAAAGAUUUUAUUUUUCUUUAAAAUGUUUCGGACAUUUGAUCUGAAGUUCAACCCUAGCAAAAGUUUGUAGCAUAACUAAACGAGGAAUACACUUUCAGGCUUCAAAAUUUAAAGCGAUACAUUCUCAUUAAUUUACUAUUUUUGCAUUUUUAGACUUUUCUAGAAUGAACAAACGAAACAAACAUCUGGAGAGUGAUAUAUUUUAGCUUUUCUUUUUACGAAUGUGACUGUUUUAUUUGAUAAAAAGUUGAACUUU